AUGGCUCCCAAGGCCAUCAUCGCCCCCUCCAUCCUGUCUGCCGACUUUGGCAACCUCGGCGCCGAAUGCUCCAAGACGAUGGACCAGGGCGCCGACUGGCUGCACGUUGAUAUCAUGGACGGCCACUUCGUCCCCAACAUCACCUUCGGCGCCCCCGUCGUCGCCAAGAUCCGGCCCCACGUCGACGCGCCCACGGCCUCCUUCGGCCGCGGCACCUUCGACUGCCACAUGAUGAUCGCCGAGCCCAAGCGCUGGGUCAACGAGUUCAAGGCCGCGGGCUGCAACCUCUACUGCUUCCACUACGAGGCCGCCUUCUCCACGGCCGCCGAGACCCCCUCCGCCGCCUCGGAGCUGCGCACGAGCCCGCGCGAGCUCGUCCGCUACGUCCACGACCAGGGGCUCCUCGCCGGCGUCGCCAUCAAGCCCGCCACGCCCGCCGACGUCCUCUACGAGCUGCUCGACAGCGCCGACCCCAAGGAGCGGCCCGACAUGGUGCUCGUCAUGACGGUCGAGCCCGGCUUCGGCGGCCAAAAGUUCAUGGCCAGCGAGCUGCCCAAGGUGCAGGCCCUGCGCGCGCGGUACCCGGACAUCAACAUCGAGGUCGACGGCGGCCUGGGCCCCGGCACCAUCGACCAGGCGGCCGACGCCGGCGCCAACGUCAUCGUGGCCGGCAGCGCUGUGUUUGGGGCCAAGGACCCGAGCGAGGUCAUCGCUCGGUUGAGGGAGGCGGUGGAUGGGAAGAACGGCAAGCUAUAG